UGGUUCUUCACAAAGAAAGGUACCCAGGUUCAUCUUCGAAGCAAUUGGGAUGUUCACCGUUCGUUCUGCACUAUGAUAACUGGGAGAACAGGUUCAGGCGACUCAGGCGUCACUCUGGUCACGUGCCGCUAGAACCUCAGUGACGGAGGUCCGCCCAGAAGUUCGACAGACACUCCUGGCCUCGCUGGCACCCAGCAUAUCGCAGGGAACUUGGAUCUAAAGAUAGACGUCAAAAGUCAAUGGCACCCAAAAAGGGCACUGGCUCAAAAAAUGCCCAGAGUAAGAAGCCCAACAAUACGGUUCCAGACAGCGAUCAUAUUGUCUUCAGCAACCGGCAAGAUGACAAGAGAAAGAAGGACCAGAAAGAGUCGGAAGGCCCACCGAGACCCGACACCAAGAAAAUCAUUGGCGGAGCAAGCUGGACUGGAAAACUCCCAGUAAAUCUCCUCUCGGAGCAUUGCCAGAGACAAAAGUGGAACAAGCCAGACUACCACAGCAAGCAAGUCCCAUCUGGGGGUGGAGACGGAGAGAAAUUGUUCAGAGCAUGGGUCACUCUAUCGAAGAGCGAUCCCAAAACGAGAGAGAUCACUAGACUCCCACCCUUCCAGCUCCCACCCGAGAAUGCAAGUCUUGCAGAUCAAGCCACCGCUCUCGAAGCCAGACAUUUCGCCGCGACAUAUGCUCUGUACAGAGUGUCCAGCAUGAAGAACAUCUCGAUGAUCCUGCCGCCAAAGUAUCGCGAUCUGUGGAAGGGCGAAUUCCAGCGUUUGAAAGAAGACGACGUGAAACAAGACCGGGGCUGGAAAUAUGACGCCGAUCCAUUUGCCGCAGAUGUCAAACGCCAGGAAAUCAAAGCUGCCAUGGAGAAACGCCGACAGGAGCAAGCUGCACAACCUCCAAAGGUGGAGGCACUUACGCUCGUUCAGCCCGGUGGCGAAUCCAGGACGCCGACCAAAACAUGGGACUAUGUGCCAAAGUUGGAACUGGGAGAGGCUAUCCGUACCCGGAUAGAAGCGGCGAUUCGAUCACGUAGUCUCUGGAACCCAAAUGCGAUGCAGAUGUCUGCCUCUGAGGCAAGUCUCGUUCUUGCAGACUUGAUCAAAUCAGGAUUCAAACCUGCCCACGUCGAAGAGGCUAUUAGCUACUGCGGUAGCCGACGAGAAGUUCUGGAAUGGCUCUUGAUCCAUGUACCCGAGGACUCCUUGCCAGAAUGGAGCUUUCCACCUGGAUACACUGCAGGAGUCAGCCUAGUGUCUAGCGACCUUGCUACCGAUGGAAAGAUCAAGCGCAUGGCUCAAGCCGGAUAUUCCAGCCAAUUGUGUGUGCAAGCCUUGCGGGACAAUAAAGGCGAUGAAGUUCUUGCGUUGGAGGCGCUCCAAUCGAGGCUCGUGCCACCUCCCCAUAGCGAAAACCAGCCUGGAGGGUCCCGCGAGGAGGAUGUUUGGUCCGAGGAGAUGACCACGCUGAAAGCAAUCCUGGAUGAUCGACUCACUCUCCACAGUCCUAAUCAUUGUUCCAUUACCUCUGAGGAGAACUCUUCUAUAUCGGCAAUAUACCACUUUCGUCGCCCAAGCCACGGCUACCCGUUUUCACACGCUCCAGUGUUUUCUCUCGAAGCGCCAAAAUUACCAGGAUACGUACGGCUCAGUGUACUGAAACAAUGCGUGCAAUACGCUCAGAAGGAUUUGUUGGGCGAGCAGAUGAUAUUCAGCCUUUUAGAAUGGCUCGAGAUUUCUACCGCCGAUAUAAUCCACAACCCUGGACGUCUAGCUGCCUUGGAAAUCAAUUCUUCAUCAUUAAGCGUUCAAACCUCUUCCUCUCCCACCUCAACCGAAAUCAACCAACAACGAUCUCGCACCAGCAAUUCCACCCGGAACGGCGGCGGCUCCUACGGACGAGAUAUUCGCACCAACGCAGCCAUCCUCCAAGACUGGCGUACCCGCCAGGAAACAAACGCCCAGAUCAAGAUGAAUACAUCUCGCCACAAACUCCCCGCAUGGGCGAAACAAGAUUCAAUCGUCGACAUCAUCUCACACCAUCAAGUCGCACUCAUCACCGGUGAAACUGGCUCAGGAAAAAGUACACAAGCUAUCCAAUAUGUGCUGGACAAUGCAAUCCAAUCGAUGAAAGGCUCAUCCACAAACCUCCUUUGCACACAACCCAGACGUGUCGCGGCCUUGUCAUUAUCUGAACGAGUCAGUGCCGAAAGAUGUGGCGUUGAAGGCCAUGAAGUAGGGUAUAGCAUUCGAGGGGCAUCGAAGGUGUCGAGGACGACGAAAAUCACUUUCAUGACAACUGGUGUACUGCUCCGGCGUCUUCAAGGCGCGAAGACAGUUCAAGCGGCGUUGGCGGACGUGAGCCAUGUCUUUGUCGACGAGGUACAUGAACGGUCUUUGGAUACAGAUUUUCUCCUCGCCUUGUUGAGAGAUGCGUUGCCGGCUUUGCCAACCCUUAAAGUCGUUCUGAUGAGCGCGACAUUGGAUGCAGAUGUGUUUGCCAGUUAUUUCGGUGGAGAUGCCGUGGGGAGAGUCCAUAUCGAGGGACGGACGUUCCCCGUACAGGAUCUCUAUCUCGACGACAUCGUGCGGCUGACUCAAAUGCCUGGCCCCGCUGGUGGCUUGCCCACCGAUCAGGACAGUCCAGAUGAUGUUUCUAUCGGCAGAGCAAUCCAGGCAUUAGGCAGCGGCGUCAACUACGAUUUAAUCACCCGACUCGUGAACCACAUCUCAAGCGACUUGGGCCCAUCAUCCGGCGGAAUCCUGAUCUUCUUACCCGGGGUCCUUGAAAUCGACCGGUGCGUACGCGCACUCGGCAAACUGUCAGGCAUACAUGCAUUACCACUCCACGCAUCAUUGACGCCAGCAGAACAACGUCUCGUAUUCCGCAGCCCGCCCUCCGGAAUGAGAAAAGUCGUUGCCGCCACAAAUGUGGCCGAAACAUCUAUUACUAUUGAAGACAUCGUGGCCGUUAUUGACACAGGCCGCGUCAAAGAAACAUCCUACGAUGCUGUCUCCAACAUCGUGCGUCUACAGGAGGUAUGGGCGUCUAAAGCUGCAUGUAAACAACGACGUGGUCGGGCUGGAAGAGUUCGGGCCGGGAAAUGCUAUAAACUCUUCACGCGAAAUGUCGAGGCGGCUAUGGCUGCGGCGCCUGCGCCGGAGAUGCAUCGUACGCCGUUGGAACAGUUGUGUUUAUCGGUCAAGGCGACGGGUGCGGAUCGUGAUGUUGCGGAGUUUCUGGCUCGUACUAUCUCGCCUCCGGAUAGAGGGGCGGUUGCUAUGGCUCUCAAGACUUUGGAAAGGGUUGGCGCACUUGAAAAUAACCAGCUUACGGGUCUCGGGACUUACAUGUCGAUGAUUCCUGCGGAUCUGAGGUGUGCCAAGUUGAUCAUCUACGGCGUCUUGUUCGAGUGUGUCGAGACGUGUCUGACGAUUGCAGCUAUUCUAUCCACCAAAAAUCCCUUUGUGUCGCCUCAAGAUAAGCGGGAGGAGGCUAAAGAGGCGCGUCUUUCCUUUCCAACUGUCGAUGGUGAUCUUCUCCUGGCCAGUACCGCCUUCGAUCAGUGGAAACAACAAUCGUCUGUCCUUCGACACCGAGACCUUCAAACUUGGUGUUCUGCCCGAUUCCUUUCCCUGCAAACACUACGCGACAUAGACUCGACCCGACGACAAUUGCUUGACUCCCUGAUCGAGGCGGGUCUGCUAUCCUCGGGCUAUUCGACGGAUGCUACAAUGCAUAAUCGUCAUAAUUCAAGCACAAUGCUUCUCCGGGCCGUCAUUGCAGGUUCGCUCAAUCCUCAAAUCGCGCGUAUCCAAAUGCCAGACAAGAAAUAUAUCGCGUCCAUGAGCGGCGCCAAAGAACUCGACCCGGAAGCCAAGACGAUCAAAUACUUCACUGAGGACAACGGCCGUGUCUUCGUCCACCCAAGCAGUGUCUUAUUCGACGCCCAGUCCUUCUCCGGCGCGGCGACCUUUGUCAGUUAUUUUACCAAAAUGGCCACUUCCAAAACUUUUAUGCGCGACUUGACACCCCUCAAUGCGUAUGCAUUGUUGUUAUUUGGUGGGAAGAUCGAGGUCGACACCUCUGGCUUGGGUGUGGUCGUCGAUGGCUGGUUCAAAUUGAAGGGCUGGGCAAGGAUUGGAGUCCUUGCGAGUAGGUUGAGGGUUUUGCUAGACGAUGAAUUGAAGACCAGAAUCGACGCCUCGGGGACCCCUGAGGAUGAAGGUACGGUUUUCGAUAUCGUCAGACACUUGGUGGAGUUGAAUGGGCAGGACAAAUAGAUCGCCAGUCGGGUACCAGAUGAAUCUCAUGGCCCUGAUGAAAAUGCUGCUGCCGUUGUUAUUGAAGGCGGGAGCAACAGCUGGGGCGAUUGCUCAACUAGAUAAUAUGACAACUUUUCGGGCGCAAGUCCCCAGG